UCAGUCUCGCGAGGCGUUUGCCGCCGCCAUCUUGUCGCUGAGGCGGCCGGCGGUCACCGGCUGGGGACGAAGCGGGUUGGAGGGGUUGUGUGCCCGGUGCCGGUCGCUAUGCUGUCCCGCCUCGUCCUCCGCGCCGCCCCGGCCGCGCUGAGGAGCCUGCCGCCUCCCGUCACCGUGGGUGUAUUGCAUGCCACAAGACCACUGCAUACAAGUAAACAGCACUUGGCUCCUUUGCCACCUCUGCCUGAGAAAGGAGGAGAAGUGCGCCAUGGUUUGAUCCCUGAGGAGUUUUUCCAGUUCCUGUAUCCUAAAACAGGAGUUACAGGGCCUUACAUGUUUGGAACUGGACUCAUACUGUACUUUCUUUCGAAGGAAAUCUAUGUAGUGAACCAUGAGACAGUUGCAGCUGCCUGCAUAUUAUCAGUCAUCAUUUAUGGUAUAAAGAAAUAUGGGUCUGAUGUAGCAGCUUUUGCUGACAAACUUAAUGAGGAGAAACUUGCUAAAGCUCAAGCUGUGAAAAAUGAAUCUAUUGAAGGUCUCGAGGCUGCCAUUGAACAGGAGAAGAAGGAGCAGUGGCGUGUUGAAGGCCGCAGUUACCUCUUCGACGCUAAGCGGAAUAAUAUUGCAAUGUUGCUGGAAGCUAAUUAUCGAGAGAGGUUACUGACAGUGUACAACGAAGUAAAGAAAAGGCUGGACUAUCAAGUGGCUAUGCAGAAUUUAAAGCGUCAGAAAGAACAAGAUCACAUGAUUCAGUGGGUGGAGAAAAGCGUUGUUCAGAGCAUCACACCUCAGCAGCAGAAGGAGAGUAUUGCAAAGUGCAUUUUGGACCUGAAGGCGUUAUCGAAGACUGCCCAGGCAACAGUGUAACUGCAUCCAAUUCCACUGACAUGUCUCUUACUGUUGAAAACUGUACAAUUCUAAAGUAUCAUUAAACAAACAAACAAAA